AUGAGGACCAGAUGCAGAGGAAGGGGUCGUGGUGGGCUUUGCAGAGGUCGCAUAGUUAGUGUGGCGCCUGAGACUGAAACAACUAAUACACAAGAAACAAAUGAGCAAACACAAAAUAGUGAUACUGAACAGCCAGCUAAUACCAAUAAAGAGAAGCGCAAAAGAAGCAAGCCAUUAGAAAUACCACAAGAAAAGCAGGAUGAGGUGGCAGAUUGGUAUAGAGAAAACGAACCUCUAUACAACAAAGCUCAUUAUCAGUACAAAGAUACUGCUCUCAAAAAUACACGAUGGCAAGCAAAAGCUAAUGAGCUAGGGGUAGAGGAUUGGAAGACUCUCAGGACAUGGGUUGAGUCAAUGAGAUCUCAGCUCGGAAGACUGACACGAGAAGGCAAUAAAUCUGGUUCAGGCAGAAAAGAUGAUACUCAAAGAGACAAAUGGAUCAAAGAAAAAAUUGGCUUCUUGGGUCCACAUAUUGCCAGAAUAGAAACCAGAGGAGGAAUAAACCUGAAAGAGAAACUCAAGGCAAAAUACGGAACAGAUGCUUGCGUCGAUUCUCCCAGUGAACAUGAGGACGAAGAGGAAAGUCAAGAAGACGAUGAAAGAAGAUCGCAAUGUAAUCUUGAGGAGACGUCCAGCACAAUAGAUAUUCCCUCUCCUAUAGUUACAACAAAAACGAAAAAGAAAUACCAGAAGAUGCAAUCUCCAGUUGAAAAAGACAUCCAGGAAGCAAUAAAACAGUCUUCUGAAUUACAGAAACAAUAUUAUACGUAGAAGAAGGUAAUCAUGCGUAGUAAUACGCAUCGAUACGUAAUAAUGCCUAGAAUAACGUGAUGAAACCUAUUAAUGCGUACCAUAAAGCGUAAUAUACCGUACAAAAACCUAAUGCAACGUGGCAGAUACGUACUUAAACGUAAUAACACCUAGUGAUUAUAAUCAAAUACGUUUUAGAAC